UUCUUGGUUUUGUUUCUAGUAUUCUUUUUCGGGUGAGAGUGGGUGACGGAUAGACACUAAUAACGUCAUUAUAUGGGGACUGUUUGUACACAAUGAAUUUUUGUCGAGAUCUGUUGCGUUCUGUAUGUAUUUGCCCCAAAAGAAGGCUAAUCAGAUCCAAUCUGCAUGGAACUGCACUAUCACUGGUGAAUUUUCAAUCUAUUACUCGUAGUGUGGUAGUAGAAGGAGUAGUAUCUUCAACAAGUCAGACGACUACAGUGACAGCGCAUUACUUAUCGAUAAGCCCCACCCUUGUAGAGCCUGAGGCAGCCGACACCCCGCCAUACUCUUGGUUCGCUGUUCUUCCGUCUUCCUUUUUAUAUCAUCGCUCCCCGUCUUUGUAUUCUCUUCCCUUCCCUUCCCUUAACUUUCAACUUCACCUCCAACCCUGUCUCUCCUCAACCAGACUCGUCGUAUCUUCUUUUCCCAUAACCGCACAUUCAAAAUGCCUCGCCAAUUCUUCGUCGGUGGUAACUUUAAGAUGAACGGUAAUGUUGAAAGCAUUACCUCCAUCAUCAAGAACCUCAAUGACGCCAAGCUGGAUGAAUCCUCCGAGGUCGUCGUCUCCCCUCCUUCUCUCUACCUGUUCCUCGCCCGCCAGCUCGCCGAUGAGAACAAGAUCGCCGUUGCCUCCCAGAACGUCUUCGACAAGCCCAAUGGUGCCUUCACCGGUGAGAUCUCGGUGGAGCAGCUGCAGGACGCCAAGAUCCCCUGGACCAUCAUUGGACACAGCGAACGCCGUGUCAUUCUGAAGGAGACCGACGAGUUCAUUGCUCGUAAGGUUAAGGCUGCCAUUGAUGGUGGCAUCAGCGUUAUUUUCUGCAUCGGUGAGACUCUUGAGGAGCGUGAGGCCAACAAGACCAUCGAGGUUGUUACCAAGCAGCUCAAUGCUGCCGCUAAGGAGCUCUCCAAGGAGCAGUGGUCUAAGGUCGUCAUUGCCUAUGAGCCCGUCUGGGCCAUCGGUACCGGCAAGGUCGCUACCACCCAGCAGGCCCAGGAGGUCCAUGCUGCCAUUCGUAAGUGGCUCGCCGACUCUAUCUCGGCUGAGGCCUCCGACAACACCCGUAUCAUCUACGGUGGCUCAGUUAGCGAGAAGAACUGCCGUGAGUUGGCCAAGGAGCCCGAUGUAGAUGGCUUCCUCGUUGGCGGUGCCAGCUUGAAGCCUGCUUUCGUUGAUAUCAUCAAUGCUCGUUUGUAA